AUGGCUGAGCGAUACAUUCCCGAGCAUCGCCGAACUCAGUUCAAGGCCAAGAAUACCUUCAAGCCUGAGGAGCUCCGUCGUCGUCGCGAGGAGCAGCAAGUCGAGAUUCGAAAGGCCAAGCGUGAGGAGAACUUGGCCAAGCGUCGAGGUAUUGGAACCGGUGAGAACCGCCCUGGUGCUUCUCUCGGUGCCGCCCCUGAUAGUGAUGAUGAGUCCGCUCCUACCGAGUCCCAGUUGAAUGAGGACCUUCCUCAGAUGGUGCAGGGUGUCUUCUCGGACCAGAUCGAUUCGCAGAUUCAGGCCACAACCAAGUUCCGAAAGCUUCUUUCCAAGGAGCGCAACCCCCCGAUCGAGGAGGUCAUCAAGACCGGCGUUGUUAGUCGUUUUGUCGAGUUCUUGCGAUCCCCUCACACCCUGGUCCAGUUCGAGGCUGCCUGGGCUCUGACCAACAUCGCAUCCGGCUCCGCCACUCAGACACAGGUUGUCAUUGAGGCUGGCGCUGUCCCGAUUUUCGUCGAGCUUCUUGCUAGCCCCGAGCCUGAUGUCAGGGAACAGGCCGUCUGGGCCCUCGGCAACAUCGCUGGUGAUAGCCCUCACUGCCGUGACUAUGUCCUCAGCUGCGGUGCUCUUAAGCCUCUUCUUAACCUUCUCGGCGAUAGCCGUAAGCUUAGCAUGCUCCGCAAUGCUACUUGGACACUUAGCAACUUCUGCCGUGGCAAGACCCCCCAGCCUGACUGGACUACUAUUGCCCCCGCUCUUCCUGUCUUGUCCAAGCUCGUCUACUCCCUUGAUGACGAGGUCCUCAUCGAUGCCUGCUGGGCGAUCUCUUACCUCUCCGAUGGAUCCAACGACAAGAUCCAGGCCGUUAUUGAGGCUGGCAUUCCUCGCCGACUGGUUGAGCUUCUUAUGCAUGCCUCUACGUCCGUCCAGACUCCCGCCCUGCGCUCCGUUGGCAAUAUCGUUACCGGUGACGACGUUCAAACACAGGUUAUUAUCAACUGCGGCGCCCUACCCUGCCUCUUGUCUCUUCUGAGCUCUACCAAGGAUGGCAUCCGAAAGGAGGCAUGCUGGACAAUUUCCAACAUCACUGCCGGCAACUCUUCCCAAAUCCAGGCCGUCAUUGAUGCCAACAUUGUUCCUCCUCUGAUCCAUCUUCUGCAGAACGGAGACCUUAAAACCCGCAAGGAGGCUUGCUGGGCUAUUAGCAACGCCACCUCCGGUGGUCUGCAGAAGCCGGAGCAAAUCCGUUAUCUGGUUUCUCAGGGGUGCAUCAAGCCCCUGUGCGAUCUACUUGGCUGCCCCGAUAACAAGAUUAUUCAGGUUGCGCUGGACGGCCUUGAGAACAUCCUCAAGAUCGGUGACCUUGAUAAGCAGGCCGCUGGUGAGUCUGGCGACUCCAUCAACCGGUAUGCUCUUUUCAUUGAGGAGUGCGGUGGCAUGGAGAAGAUCCACGACUGCCAGAACAACGCCAACGAGGAGAUUUACAUGAAGGCCUACAACAUCAUCGAGAAGUACUUCUCGGACGAUGAAGAGAACGCCGACGAGGGUAUGGCCCAACAACCUGCUGGCCCUAACGGCACAUUCGGCUUCGGUACCAACGGUGCUGCUCCCUCAGGCGGUUUCGACUUUGCCAAGGGCAGCGACGCCAUGGACAUGUAA